CUGUUGCUCUGGGCGACGGAAGUGCGUCUGCGUGGAGUUGAGCGGGAAUUUUGGAAGGAGCCUGCGGCGGGCUUAAGUUCUCUGAUAUGAGCAACAAUGGACCUGAAAAUCUUGUCUCUAGCAACAGAUAAAACAACAGAUAAACUGCAGGAAUUUCUUCAAACCCUGAAAACUGAUGAUUUGACUCAUCUCCUUCAGAGUCAAGCAGUGAAAGGAAGAGCCGUGGGAGCAUUCCUGAGAGCCAUCUUCAAAGGCUCCCCCUGCUCGGACGAAGAUGGCGCCCUCAGGAGAUUCAAGAUAUACUGUUGCUGUAUCCAGUUGGUUGAAUCAGGAGAUUUGCAGCAGGAAGUAGCCUCUGAGAUCAUAGGAUUGCUAAUGCUGGAGGUUCACCAUUUUCCAGGCCCAUUACUUGUUGAAUUAGCCAGUGAGUUUGUUGGAGCCAUCAGAGAGGACAGCCUGGUGAAUGGGAAGUCUUUGGAGUUACUGCCCAUCAUUCUCACUGCCUUGGCUACCAAAAAGGAAGUGCUGACUUGUGGGAAAGGUGAUUUGAAUGGAGAAGAACAUAAGAGGCAGUUGAUUGACAGCCUGUGUUCUGUCAGAUGGGCUCAGCGGCACGUGAUCCAGCUCACAUCUAUGUUCAAGGAUGUCCAUCUAACAGCAGAAGAGAUGGAGCUUGUGGUGGCGAAAGUCUUGGCGAUGUUUUCAAAGUUGAAUCUCCAGGAAAUACCACCCUUGGUCUAUCAGCUUCUGGUUCUCUCCUCCAAGGGGAGCAGAAGAAGUGUUCUGGAUGGAAUAAUAGCCUUCUUCAGUGAGCUGGAUACGCAGCACAGUAAGGAGCAGAGCGGUGAUGAGUUGUCGGAGCUCGUUACCAGCCCAGCAGAUGAACUGUAUCAUGUGGAAGGCACCGUCAUUCUGCACAUCGUGUUUGCCAUCAAACUGGACUGUGAAUUAGGCAGAGAACUUCUGAAACACUUGAAGGUAGCAGCCGGCUCUUAACGAUGGUUUCAGGUCUCCAUGAGACAGGGCACUUGUACUGAAGCCUCUUUCCUGUCAGUCCGUGACCAGAAGUGCAAGUACAGGACAUCCAUGGGUCUGGAGGAUCUUUUUG